GGGACCUGUGGCAGACCACCUUGUCCAGAGCCCUGCUUGCCUCCAACGGGCCACAUCACCCACUACAACAGCCCUUGGGGCCAUGGACUGACCGUCUGGAGGACUGGAAUUGGUUACUGUCACCCACUACAGGCCUUUUCCACCGCCAUGGGGCAACCUGGAAACACUUUAGCUCUGAGGGCUCUCCCACCACGUCACGGUGCUACGCGCCAGGGCCGUCCCAUCCUUCCUGCCCAUGGUGGACUGCACUGCUUCCUUCUGACGCUCUUUGUGCUACGGUUCGCUCCAUCACAGGAUCUGAUAGGGUUCUUCUCACCGGUACUGGCCGUGCCUCUGAACUGUCUUCUUCCUCCAGCCCAUCUAUCCUUCAUGCGUGGCAGACGGCUGCCAAGCUCUGCACAGACUAUUACGGGUGGGUCCCCGAUGAGAUCGAGGUUCACGGUGAUGAAGCCACCUUAGCUGAUGCUCUGUUGGACGGUCGCCUGCGUGUGAUCAGCGAUGGAUCCUUCAAGAACAAGUUGGGGACCGCGGCGGUUCAACUCCUGGUGAAGCAUGGAGGAUGCCAUCAAACCAUCAUCCGAUGUCAGACUCCCGGUUUGCCCCAGGACCAGAGUCCAUACCGCAGUGAACUCAUUGGUCUGUUGGCCGGUAUAAUGGCGGUUGAUUGGCUCCUUGAGCAAUGGUUCCCAAAAAAUUUGACUGGCCCCAAGGUGCGGAUUGCUUGCAAUGGCCUCUCUGCUAUUGAGAUGGCUUUCAAAGAUCGUCCACUGUCUCCAACUGACGCCAAGUUUGACUUGGUGUCGUCCAUUUGGGAAGCUAUCCUUCGGUCCUUGGUGGAUUGGGCGCCCCAGCACGUGUAUGGACACCUCAACAAGUCCAAUCUCUUUGACGAACUUUCUUGGUGGGAGAAACGGAACCUUGAGGUGGAUGGAAUGGCGGUGGAGUACCGUAAGGAACUUGAGACGGCCAAUCAUCUUAUAGCCCCCAAUGUUGGGAUAUGA